AUAAAAACUAAAACUAUGAAUUGGCUUGGAAAAGCGUUGACUGCAAUUCUGGAUUCUGAUCGUAACACCGAUUGUAAAUUUAUCAUCAAUGAUAAGGUCUAUUUAGGCCAUAAAUUGAUCUUCUCGUGUGCGUCCGAAGUCUUUGAGCGCAUGUGCUAUGGAAACUUUACCGAGGGAACGACUGGAGAGAUUAAGCUAACAGACGUGGAGCCCGCAACUUUCGUAAUGUCCAUUAUAGAAAAUUUUAGCCACAACGGCAACGGGUGUUGGACGACGGGCGGCGGGGGCGAAAACUACGAGCGUACGAGGGUACUUCAGGAUGAAGGAAGCCGAACUCCGCUGCAGGGAGCAAGAGCUGGCCACGGAGACCAAGAUGCUUGA